GGAGGAGAGUGAAAGACAGGGAAAGAGAGCAAACGAGCGAGAGAAGGGGGGAGGCCGAGCCCGUCGCCGCCAUUUUGGGUCCCACCGAGCUGUGGACGGAGAGCGAAAGAGGCAAUAAAUAAGCUCCCGAAGCCUAUGCAACGAAAAUAAGCCGAGUUCUGGCCCCGCCUUCGGGAGACGAGCUGCUUGUUUUUACAAUAGCCUUGGUACAGAACCAUUAACGGUGGAAAAAUAGACCCAAAACAACCCUCAAACCGGAAGCGGCUUUCCCCACCUUUCUGCAUCCUUCUGGGGGCGGCAGGUGGUGUACCAAUGCACUUUGGAGAACUGUUGUCUAUGAGCCUAGAAUCACAAGGAAAGCUUCAAGUGUAGGAUCCUGCCUGCUAAGUAGGCUAUCAUCGGGUAUCUCUCAGGUCUGUGUGAUCAAGUCACUCGGCUUUGGGCAAGUGCAAAGCAUCCUGCCUUUGUAAAGUAUGAAGAAAACCCAUCUCUAGUGAAGGAAAUAUGGCGGAUAAGAGAAAACUACAGGGAGAGAUUGAUCGCUGUUUGAAAAAGGUGUCAGAAGGGGUGGAGCAGUUUGAAGACAUUUGGCAAAAGCUACAUAAUGCAGCAAAUGCCAAUCAGAAAGAGAAAUACGAAGCAGACUUGAAGAAGGAGAUUAAGAAGCUACAGAGAUUGCGGGACCAAAUAAAGACAUGGGUGGCAUCCAAUGAGAUCAAAGACAAGAGGCAGCUUAUUGAAAAUCGAAAACUAAUAGAAACGCAAAUGGAGAGAUUCAAAGUGGUAGAACGUGAAACAAAGACAAAAGCCUACUCUAAGGAAGGUCUUGGUCUUGCUCAGAAGGUUGACCCAGCUCAGAAGGAGAAGGAAGAAGUUGGACAGUGGUUAACGAACACGAUUGACGCCUUGAACAUGGGAGUGGAUCAAUUCGAAAGUGAGGUAGAGUCUUUGGCAGUACAAACACGGAAAAAGAAAGGAGACAAGGAUCAGAAGCAGGACCGGAUCGAGGGACUGAAGAAGCAGAUUGAAAAACAUCGGUACCACAUCCGAAUGCUGGAAACCAUUCUGCGAAUGUUAGAUAAUGACUCAAUCAAUGUGGAUGCAAUCAGGAAGAUUAAAGAUGACGUAGAAUACUAUGUGGACUCUUCACAAGAUCCAGACUUUGAAGAGAAUGAGUUCCUGUACGAUGACCUUGAUUUAGAAGACAUUCCACAGGCGCUGGCAGCUACUUCCCCACCAGGUCACAGUCACAUGGAGGAUGAGAUCUUCAACCAGUCUAGCAGCACUCCCACCUCUACCACAUCAAGCUCUCCUAUUCCACCAAGUCCUGCCAAUUGCACCACAGAAAAUUCUGAAGAUGACAAGAAAAUCAGAGGCAGGUCUACAGACAGUGAAGUCGGUCAGUCACCAGCAAAGAACGGUUCUAAAAGUAUCCAUAACAACCAUCAUCCGCAGUCCCCUGCAGUGACGCCAAGUUACCAAAUAGGAAGCAGUUCCAGCACGUCAUCUCUCGGAAAUGGGCCGGGUACAAACAGCAAUGGAGCUGUAUCAAACAGCAGCAGUACGAGCAGCAACAGCAGCACCAACAGCAAAAACAACCCGUCCAGUGGACACACGUCUGGUACACCUACACCUUAUGCACAGGCAGUGGCUCCUCCACCAUCUAGUACAAAUACAUCACAGCCGAGGCCACCCAGUGCGCAGCAAAAUACAAGCAAGCAAAAUGGAGCAACAAGUUAUAGCUCUGUAGUAGCAGAAAAUUCAGCAGAUACUGCACUUAGUAAUAGCAGUCAAUCACAAUCCAGCCAGUCUGUGAUUCACAAUCCACCAACCAGCACUGCGAAAGAGACAAACAGUGUGUCACAGCCAACCAGCAGCAGUAGUACCAGCACUGGGCCCAGCUUACUAUUACCCUUAAAUGUAAAUCCUCCCAGUUCGCCAACGCCCACCUUCAGUGACCCUAAACCAAGCCAGCCACUACUAAACGGGCCACCUCAGUUCAGCUCCACACCAGAGAUCAAGGCACCGGAGCCUUUAAGUACACUGAAAUCCAUGGCAGAACGUGCAGCUAUUGGAACUAACUUGGAAGAUCCAGUCCCCGCUAUCCAUCUGCCUGAGCGAGAAAUUCUUAUCACUACAACCACAACGCAGCCUCCCGCCACUCAGCCCUCAAGUCAGCUUUCAGAAGUGAACAUCCCUCUUUCCCUGGGUGUGUGUCCUUUGGGUCCUGUUCCCCUUACAACAGAUCAGCUUUACCAGCAAGCAAUGGAAGAUGCAGCCUGGCAUCAUAUGCCUCACCCCUCAGAUUCGGAGAGAAUACGGCAAUACCUCCCACGGAAUCCUUGCCCGACGCCCCAGUAUCACCACCAGAUGCCCCCGCCUCAUUCGGACACAGUAGAAUUCUACCAGAGACUUUCCACGGAGACACUCUUCUUUAUCUUUUACUAUCUGGAGGGCACUAAAGCACAGUAUUUAGCUGCUAAAGCCUUGAAAAAGCAGUCGUGGAGGUUUCACACCAAAUACAUGAUGUGGUUCCAGAGACACGAGGAGCCCAAGACAAUAACGGAUGAGUUUGAGCAGGGGACAUAUAUUUACUUUGACUAUGAAAAAUGGGGCCAGAGGAAGAAGGAAGGAUUCACGUUUGAAUACCGUUACCUGGAGGAUCGUGACUUACAGUGACCUCUUUUCAACACGUUCAGCCUUCCAGUUUCACAUGGGCAAACUGCGGCCGGGGAAAAAGAGGGAAGGGGCAGAAGAUGACUUCAGUCUCCUUUCCAAGAAGAGUUGGGAGUAGGGGAAAUUCGGACAAACACUUUAAUGCAUGCAGUUACAAAAAAACCUUUUAAAAAUGGAAUUGGAUUGUGCGUGGUGGUGGAGAGAGGAUGCGAACGCCCAACAUCUUACAGCACCCUCUUGACUUUUCAGAAGAACUCAAAAGGACAAGAAGCAGAGUCAAUUUUUAAUGUAUUUGGUUAGAAAUUAAAAAACAAACAAAAAAACAAACCAAAAUGAACAAAAUGCAUAAAAGUCUUUACAAGAGGAAGGAAAAGCUAUUCUUCCCCUCCUGGAUAUUGCUGCAGGUGGGAAGUUCUUGUCUCUCUACCCAGACGGGUCUCUACUGGCUGCCAUUUGUUUCUGUUCUCCCUCUUCAAACAAAAAACAAAACUUUGUUUUCUAUUAUUUGUCCUUUUCGGCAGAUACUGGAUCUUCUGUUUUGAUAACAAGUGCAUCAAAGUUUAAAGUGUUUUAUUUUUUAUUUUUUUUUCUCCCCUCUUUGCCAUGUCCCCCUCCCAUCCUCGAUACACGUAUCUGUACCGAUGGAAUUAAUGGUAUGGAAAGCUGGUUUAAAAUAUUUUUCGUAACCUAUUUUCAUUUUGGAAAAUAUUUAUGAAUAAAUAGUUUUAUAUGA